GAGGCGCAGAGUCCCACACGGGUCCCGAGGCAGCCAGUUAGCCCGCCGCCCUUCUGUCUGUCCCCAGAGCCAUGGAGAGAGCCAGUCUGAUCCAGAAGGCUAAGCUGGCAGAGCAGGCCGAACGCUAUGAGGACAUGGCCGCUUUCAUGAAGGGCGCGGUAGAAAAGGGUGAGGAGCUGUCCUGUGAAGAGCGAAACCUGCUCUCGGUGGCCUACAAGAACGUGGUGGGUGGCCAGAGGGCUGCCUGGCGGGUCCUGUCCAGUAUCGAGCAGAAGAGCCAUGAGGAGGGCUCGGAAGAGAAGGGCCCCGAGGUGCGAGAGUACCGGGAGAAGGUGGAGACCGAGCUCCGGGGCGUGUGCGACACUGUGCUGGGGCUGCUGGACACCCACCUCAUCAAGGAGGCCGGUGAGGCCGAGAGCCGGGUCUUCUACCUGAAGAUGAAGGGCGACUACUACCGCUAUCUGGCCGAGGUGGCCACUGGUGACGACAAGAAGCGCAUCAUCGACUCCGCCCGGUCGGCCUACCAGGAGGCCAUGGACAUCAGCAAGAAGGAGAUGCCGCCCACCAACCCCAUCCGCCUGGGCCUGGCCCUGAACUUUUCCGUCUUCCACUAUGAGAUUGCCAAUAGCCCCGAGGAGGCCAUCUCGCUGGCCAAGACCACAUUCGACGAGGCCAUGGCUGACCUGCACACCCUCAGCGAGGACUCCUACAAAGACAGCACCCUCAUCAUGCAGCUGCUGCGAGACAACCUGACGCUGUGGACAGCCGACAACGCCGGGGAAGAGGGGGGUGAGGCUCCCGAGGAGCCCCAGAGCUGAGCCGUGCCUGUCACCUGCCCACCCUGCCGCUCCAGUCCCCACCCCCCACGGAGAGGACUAGUAUGGGGUGGGAGGAACCGUGCUUCUCCCCAGUGCUCUGCCCCAGCUCAGAAAGGCUCUGUGGAGGGAGACCAGCAGAGCUAAGGCCACUUGGGGCCGGGGGAUCCCAUUUUUCAUGCUCCUAACCAUUGGUCACCCCAUCUACCCCUGCUCUCUGCACCCCCUUCCUCCGGACCCCACCCAUGAGCCAGGUCACUUCAUCCCCUCCCUUGCCUUCCUCCUGCUCCUGCUGCCUCUGGAUCUUAGGAAUUGAGGAGUGUCCCACCUUGUGGCUGAGAACUGAGCUGUGUGGCAGAGGCUGGAGAUGGGUGUGUGUGCGCGUGUGUGUGUGUGAGACUGUGUGACACUGUGUGCGACAGCGAGCGUGAGAAUGAGACGGGAAGCAUGUCUGCUGGGUGUGACCAUGUUUCCUCUCAAUAAAGCUCCCCCGUGACACUCC